AUCAGUCGCACAACCACCACCAGCCUCAGCCUCCAUCCCAAUCUACUGAACCCACAGAGCCGCAUAGUUAAUCACCCCACCCCAUUUACAAAGCACAUUCCCUCCAUUUGUUGUAUCUGUUGAUCAACUACCUCCCCCCUCCCUCCCCUCUGCGUUCGCAUCAUUAGAUGAUCCUCCCAACGGAGAAGUGACUUUAUCCCUUCCUGAAAGGAGAAAAGCAAACAUCUCCCCGCGGAUAUUUACAACAAAUACUUGGUUAGUUUUAUGCCUGCUCCCCUCCGUCGUCUAAACAGGUUGUGUGUAUUAUGAUGCUUGGCUACAGGCACUGCUGACUUAGUCUUGACUUUGCAUAUUCCUUUGAUUAAUGUGCAAUACCCCUUUUGAUUGCUUUGUUGUUAAAUCUUGUUUUCCUCAGAUGUAACUCAACAGAAGCCCUCUGAUCAAUUCAAGCCCUUCUUCUCAAUCCAAUUCCCUGUACGACUGCUUCCUGAAUUUCAUCCCCCCCACCCCUCACAUAUUGAAACACAUUUUGCCAUUUCGCCGUCAAUUAUUGCCACUCGUAUCGAAAAAGAGGCUUUUUUUCAAACCUACUGCCUGCUAGCUCAACUGUAAAUGGUUGAAACAUUGCCGAAAUAGCUUACUGUCAAAGAACAAAUAAACUCUUGCUCUCAAUAACAAACAGACAAUUGACAAGCAUUACUGUCUCUCUCAUCAACUGACUUGCUGUUGAGACCGAUGAUGAUGAGGAUAGGAGCUAUAACAACCAAAACAACACUCAGUCCCACGGGGUUUAUUUUGUUACCCUGAUUACCUAUUCGACAUUUCACUCUUAUCACCAGUCAUCAAGUUACAUAGAAGAUAAGAAGUACAUUUUCCUUAUUUGUUGUUUCCUUUUUUGGCAAUAUUGGCUUAGAUUAACGUUUAUUUGUCCACUCUUUUUUGUUGACCCCUGCUGUUGAUUUGGAUUUGGAGCGACUGAAAAUCCCCGGGGUUAUUAGCGGCUGUAACUGGCACACAGGCACUGGCAGGUAUGCCCAGAUGACUAGAACCCAACACAGCACCAAUACCCACACAAAACCCAAAUCAACCCAGACUUAGAGGGGAGUGUAAUUGCAAAAUUGAAUUAUAAUCUGCCCAUUCAAAUUCCUUCACUAGUCCCCGUAUUCAUCCACAUAUAAAUUCACUUUUACUACCAUCGAUACCGAUUGCAGCUACGUGUCUUUUCAUUUCCACCGAACAACUGUCUGUGGAUAUAGGGCGAAAAUAGCAACUAAUUGCGACUAACAGUCUUCGACUGUUUAGGGUGCAUUGAUGUUUUCACGCCUCGUUUCAUUUAUUCCCCCUAUUGCUUGCCAUAAAUUGUGAGCACUCCUCUUUUAUCCCAAAUCUACUUAUUCCCCCAACACCAAACCACCUGUGCUAACUUCAGCAGAAGUGAACAAACCAAGUCAACAUAAUCGAUUGCUAAAGGCACCAUCCUUAUCUAAAAUUAUUUUUUAAUGCGUCAUGACUUCUCGGAUUAUUUUGACCACACUGUGUUUCUUUUGUCUGCAGACACCAGCAGUGCAUGCACAGUCAUCAGGCAGAGUUCCAGUCAAAAUUGCUCUGAUGUACAGCAAGGCAGAUUCUCUGGAGUCCAAGGUGUUGCGUCUGGCUCUGAGAGAGUACCAGGAGGAGCAGAGGCAGAUGAAUGGGGGCAUGGGUCCCCCUGUCUCGGGUCAAGUGAGGUCAGACAUCGAGAUCAUCUCCGCAGUAAUAAACAAAGACGACAUGUUCAAACUCAGCCACCAGAUGUGUCUUGUGGCCAAUCAGAGCGUUGCGACCAUCUUUAGUGGCUCAGCCGAGAUCCCCAUCCCAGCCAUCAUCCAGUCCUACGCCAGUGCAUUCGAGAUACCCCACCUCACCUUCCAGACUGGCAUCAGUGAAUUGAAUAGUGCAUUCGAACUGCAGCCCAGGUUCGAGAGGGCCAUCUACGAACUGAUUGCCUACUUGAGGUGGAAAGUGAUGGCCAUAGUAUUCGACAACUUCAAUGCGAUGCAGCGUCUUCAGAGUUUCAUGGGUGGGACGCAGGUGGUGAACACCAAGUAUGUGUUCGACCCCACGAGCAUAGAGACUGCUCUGAGGGAGAUGAUGAUGUCCCAGCAGACUAAUGUGCUUCUCUUCUUAUCCAAGAACUUCACUGAACUCUUCUUCAAAAAGGCGGCCGAGGCGGAGAUGCUGACUCAGAAGUACCACUACGUGAUCGCGGAUCUGCGGAUGCCAUGUAGGAAAGUGCAGUUCAACAUAUCAGGCAAGAUCAACAUCACCUGCUUCAAACUACUGGAGGACAGUGACGAGGAGAACCAGAAACUGAUCAGCAGGUGGAGACAGGAACACAGCGACGACAUGAGUGUGUUCGAGGAGAACCAGCUUGAGGUGUCUCUAGCUUAUGACUCAUUCAAAGUGCUCGCAUCCAUCCUCACCCACGACGACCUGAGACCCUCCCAAUCCUCGUCUGCAUACGACUACAGGAACAGGAGGACGAAGCCUUGUCUCAACUACACUAACACUGUGGCCGCACAUCGCACAAACAUCGCCAAUCUUUUAUACAAGACCAAGAUGAGAGGCGUCACAGGCAACAUUGAGUUCACGGAGGUGGGGCUGAGGAAGAACUACCAGCUGCAGAUCCUGGAUGUGGGGUUCCAGCAGGUGCACAGCCGGAUAGCCAACUGGUCGGACCAAACCGGACUCAUCUUCGAGCGGAGUGGGAACGAAGGGUCGUCUUCUAAACUAGCCCCUUCUCCGCAAUUGAUGCGCGUCACCACUGUCGCAUCUGAGCCAUUCGUGAUGGUUAAGGAGGAGUUCCGGGAGUGGUACGAUGACCCAAAGAGGAAAGGCAACUUGAGGAUGGAGCACAUGGAGGGAUUCCUGAUAGACCUCAUCCAGCAGAUCAUGAGGCCAUACCAGGACAUCAAAUAUGAGCUCAAGUUCGUUAAGGAUGGCAACUACGGUGCAGAGGACGACAACGGCACCUGGAAUGGAAUGAUAGGCGAACUGCUCCGAGGGGAAGCGGACGUUGCCCUGGCUCCUCUGACCAUAAACAGUGGCAGACAAAACGUGGUGGACUUCACGAAGCCAUACAUGACUCUAGGCAUCUCCAUCAUGAUGAGGAAGCCCUCCCCCAAGAACAUCGGUCUCUUCUCCUUCUUGGGUCCCCUGACCAACGAGAUCUGGAUGUGUUGUCUGCUGGCAUAUGUCAGUGUGAGUGUGGUGCUUUUCCUUGUUAGUCGCUUCUCCACCAACGACCCAGACUCAACAUGUCCAGAUGGAACAGACGGGGCGCAGUCUGAGGAGCAGAGCACUUUUGGCAUCAUAAAUUGUCUCUGGUUCUCCCUCGGCUCCUUCAUGCAGCAGGGCGGAGACAUCUGUCCCAACUCUCUGCCUGGCCGGAUAGUGGCCUCCUCCUGGUGGUUCUUCACCCUCAUCAUCAUCAGCAGCUACACGGCCAAUCUGGCCGCAUUCCUCACUGCGGACAGGAUGAAGACCCCCAUCAAGGGUUCAGAGGAUCUGGCGGCACAGACUACUAUCGAGUAUGGGGUGCUGGGCAGUGGCUCUUCCAAAGGCUUCUUCGAGAAAUCAAGUGUGGGAACAUACCAGCGAAUGUUCGCUUUCAUGAAGGACCGGAAACUGUUCACUAAAACCACAGAGGACGGAGUAGCCCGGGUGCGUGAUGAGAAGGACAAUUUUGCCUUCCUGAUGGAGAGUAUUAUGAUGGAAUACUACAACCAACAGUUGCCCUGCAACACCUACCAGGUGGGGGGCAAACUCAACACCAUCACAUAUGGACUGGCGACACCAAAAGACUCACCAUUCCUAGGUAAUUUGACAAUCCAAAUUCUGGAGUUGAUAGAGGAGAAUGUGAUUGACAAGCUGAAGACAGAUUGGUGGUACACUAAGUCACCCUGCCCAUCCAGUGAAGCCAAACAACAGAGUGGUGCGAGUAGACUGACCAUAGACAGGGUGAUGGGCGUGUUCGUGUUACUCACUGUGGCCAUAAUUGUGGGAGUGGUGGUGGCCAUAGGGGACACUCUGCUGAUAUCAUUCAAACAGAGCCUCAAGUGGAAGAUUCAAAUGAAGAGAACGACAAAAGCGAACAUGAAGAUGGCAGUGAACGGUUUCUACGAGCCCCCUUCGAAGCAGGGGUCAAAUUUCGGAGUAGCUGGCGAGGAGGAGCGAAUGCAGCACAACUUCACCCCCCUUCAUCAGGGCACCUUCGUGAACAACAUGCCUCUAUUAGGGUGUGGGGAUCAAAGUAUGUUCACUCCUAUGUAUAGUAACAACAAUGGGUUCGGCCACUUCGCAUCCCCCGAUGGGUCUGUGGUGGGUCUGCACCUCAGACAUCCUUCAGCAGUCAAGUCAGACGGAACAGGGUACUCUUUAGUGGAGUUCCAGACGCCUGCAACGUCUCGAGUGCAUACGAACGUCUGAGGUCUCCGCAUCCACCACCAGAUACAACUCCCGCCCACAUUCCAUUCUAGACUCCUCAAACCCCUCACCAUGCGUUCCCCAUUUUGUAUGCAGUAGUUGUAACGAGUCUUCUUAGUCUACUCAAUAGCGUCCCCGGCAGCAGAGCCAAAACAUCGCACUCUCCCCCUCAUCAGAUAAACGUCCAUGUCCUGCCAUCUCUGUAAUUCUAGUUAUUUCGAUGUAAUUUCCAAAAUACUUCAGACAUAAGAGAAACUAACGAUUUCGACUAGUGUCAGCUCUAUUCAAAUAAGUUUUGAUCAGUAAUUUUGAUUUAUAUAUCAAUACGAAUUUUAUUCUAAUUUACUCCAAGUACACUCAUAUUGAUUCUCUGGAAUUAAG